UUAGCUUCGGCACGAACGGUCCUUCGUCAUCGAUCUGCCACAGACAGACAGCAGCGGUCAGGUCGUCGCAUUGCGUGUGUAUCGUGUCGGUCGGUCGCGGUCAAAGUCGCUUUUUUCCACAGAUUCCAGGUUCUUCAGCACCUACAAAAACAGCACGAUGGAGAUUGAAAUUCUGGACGUGAAAAACCGGUCCCUGGGCAAGUGUCGCGUCCAGGGGGACACUACAGUCAAGGCGCUCAAGAACGAUGUGGAAAAGUUGAAGCCAGCGCUGACCAUCCACCGGCAGUCGAUUCGGUUGGAGCCCCGCGGAAAGACCCUCAAGGAUUCCGAUACCGUGCAGUCUCUCGGGAUUAGUUCCGGUGGAAAGCUGUACGUGAAGGAUCUCGGCCCGCAGAUCAGCUGGAAGGGAGUGUUCCUGGCGGAAUACGCCGGACCGAUCGCGGUGUACAUGCUCUUCUACCAGCGACCUUCGUUGAUCUACGGAGCGGCCGCGUCCAACCCGAUCAGCUUCACGGCCAACGUUGCCGCCAUCUGCUGGGCCGGCCACUACGCCAAGCGUAUCCUGGAGACGCUGUUCGUGCACCGUUUCUCGCACGCCACCAUGCCGCUGCGUAACCUGUUCAAAAACUGCUCGUACUACUGGGCCUUCGCCGCGUACGUGGCGUACCACGUGAACCACCCGCUGUUCACGGAACCGAGCACCCCCGUCUUUUACGCCGGCCUGGCCGGAUUUUUGGUUAGCGAACUGGGCAACUUUUCGAUCCACAUGUUGCUGCGCAACCUCCGACCGGCCGGAUCAACCGUCCGAAAGAUCCCAGUUCCCGACGCAAAUCCGCUGACGCAGCUUUUCAACUUCGUGUCUUGCCCGAACUACACGUACGAGUUCUUCUCCUGGUUGUCGUUCUCGCUGAUGACCACGUGCAUUCCUUCGCUGGUAUUUGCCGCCGCCGGAAUGUACCAGAUGACGGUGUGGGCCAUCGGCAAGCACAAGAACUACAAGAAGGAGUUCAAGGACUACCCCAAGGGCCGGAAGGCCAUUCUGCCGUUCGCCAUCUAAGGAGGGCUUUCUCGUUUGUUGUGUCAACAAGCAGAGUUGCAAGUUUUAAACGUUUUCAUAAUUUCAAAUGCUCAAUUUCGUGCAGAAUAUUCAAUAAUUUAUUCUACGUCGAGAGCGCAUCCAGCUUUCGGUUUAGCUCCGGGAUUUAAGGUUUCUAUUUAUGUGUAGUGAACUGGUCCUAAAGUGUCGUUACAGAUUCGUAUGUUACGGAAUUAAAUUCUAACUAACCAUUCCCAAGUAGUGGUUUUUGUGAAACCUAAUAAAACAUGACUUGAUACAAAUUAAAUUCAAAUGGUAAUAAAAUGGUGAAAAGUA